GAAACAACGUGCUGAUUGGAUGGAUAUGGGCUCUUACCUGCCAGGUAGAGCCAAUGCUGCAUCACUAUUGGAUGAGUGGGAGUGAUUAAACUCCUCCCACUUCCCUAUCUACUCAAAGGCAUACUAUUGCAGGCAGCACUUUGCUAGUGGAGAAGGAUGUGGGAAGCUGUGUGCUAAACUGUGGAAUAACAACGCACUGUGAGGAGGACAAGGACCGGAGACACUUGGACCUUUCAGUUUGCAAAGUCACAAGUUUCUGCGUGUGCUGCUACUCGGGAGUAAAGAAGGGAACGGUAUCGCAGACACCAAGGCGAGAUGGCCUCCGUCGCUUCCUUCAACCGCAGCCAGUGGUCCUCCCAGUCGCUGAGGGUCACCGCCAAAGAGCUGUCAAUCGUCUCCUCCAGGGGCAAGAACAACGCCAUCGCAGAACGCUUCUCCAAAUACCAGAUGGCUGCAGAGGAGAGCAAUGCAGAGAAGAAGAAAAUGGUGGUGGAAGCCUUGCCUCAGACACUGUGCAACGGGAAUCUGAAUGUCCUGAAGAAACGCUGGGAGCAACCGCAGCAGGCUAGACCCUCCAGCUCCACCAGCACCACCAGGCCCACCAGCGCCACCAGGCCCACCAGCGCCACCAGGCCCACCAGCGCCACCAGGCCCACCACCACCACCAGACCCCCCAGCUCCAACAGCACCAACGGCACCACCAGACCGCCCGCCAAGCCGACAUCUCUUCAGCAGCGCGCCGUCCCUACGCCGAGACCUCUAGCCCCCGCCGCCCCGCUGCUCAACACCCAGGAGGACACCCCGAACACCUCCUCCCAGCCCCCGCCCCGGGAGCCGCAGCGGGAGCCCCAGGCCACGCCCCAGGCCACGCCCCGGGCCGGAGAGGCGGCGGACAUGGAGCGGCCGGAGGGGGGCGCCGUGGAGGUCCCCGAGGAGGAGAAGGCCAACGUGCCGCUCAGCAGCCUCAAGAUGAUGUUCGAGAACGGGGGAGCUGGCCAGGUAUCUAGUGAGCAGGAAGAGACGGGAGGAAAUACUGCAGAAAUGGACCAUCUAUCAGGAGGGCCGGACGGGGCCGAGUCCACCCCUCUGAAGGACAGGAUGGCUCUCUACCAGGCUGCUGUCUCCAAGCAGGAAGCCCUGCCCACCUCCGUCAGUAGUGACCAGCUGGAUAGCUACAGUGGAAAGCAGAAGGAGAAUGUUCCCCCCUACAGUCCAGACAAGCAGGGUCCGGACUCUGAGCCCAACAGCAGGAAGCCCUCCAGCUCCUCGGACACCAACGGCGGUGGCAGCAGCAGCGGCACCCCGGGGUCCUCUCAGCCGAAGAGGCAAAACUUCCGCCCCCCGGCGAGGGAGACGUGUGUCUCCUGUUCCAAGACGGUCUAUCCCCUGGAGCGCCUGGUGGCCAACCAGCAGGUGUUCCACAACACCUGCUUCCGCUGCACGCACUGCAACACCAAGCUCAGCCUGGUGAACUACGCCUCUCUGCACAACAACGUCUACUGCAAGCCGCACUUCUGCCAGCUGUUCAAGGCCAAGGGCAACUACGACGAGGGCUUCGGCCACCGGCCGCACAAGGAGCUGUGGGGCGCCAAGGGGGAGGCCGGGGAGGGCUCACCGCAGGCCAGGACCGAGACCAGACCCAAGCCCCAGACCCCGGCUCCGGAGCUGGACAGUCCCAGCGUGGAGGACUCCCCUCUGGCCGCGGUCAACGUCCUCAUGGCCACCAUGGAGACCAUGGCCCAGGGCUCGGCGGAGAGACCCCCGCGGCCCGCAGAGACCCGCCGCCUCAAGAUCUCCUGGCCCCCGCGGGCCGAGGCGGAAGGGGAGGCUGCCGGCGGGGGGCCCGCCCUCACAGCCGUGACCCCUGCCCUUAACGGGGCCUCCGCCACCGCCAAGCAAGUCCGAGCCAAGUGGCCCCCGGAGGAGGAGCUGUCCUCCCUGUGCGCCCCCGGGGGGGAGAGCCCCGAGGCCAGCGAGCUGUCCGGCAUGCGCAGGAGCUCCUCCCUGAAGGAGCGCCGCCGGCCCUUCACGCUGGCCACUCGGAGCGCUGCCCCCGACGGCCCCCCAGAGGGCCCCCCGGCCCCCCCGCAGCCACGGGAUCCGGGGCACCAGGGCGAUGGCCUGGGGCCCUCCACCAGCAUGGAGCUACAGCAGCCGCAGGCCGGCGGCCAGUCAGACGACCCGACGGCCACGCGGGACAGCUGGGUGGAUGACGAGGAAGAGGAGAUGGAAGAAGAGGACAUCCUUUUGGAUGAAGAGGAAGAGGUGCCAUCACUCCAGGGGAGUCCCAUGGAGCCCGCCGGGCUGUCGUCCGCCGACAGCGAGCAGGGGGCCGUCGGCGACCCGGCCCUCCAGGACGCGGGCCCCUGGGACCGCGAGGAGGAGACGCCACCAGAGAAGGAGGCGCUGUCUGUGGAGGAGAUGAUCAAACGGAACCGUCACUAUGACGACGAGGAGGAAGAGGAGGAUGUAUGAAUGCGAAGCUCUUCAGCAGUGUGCUCUCAGGUCCUCCUCUCCUUCAUCUCAUUGGACCACUGCUGCUUCACUCCAGACACUUGGUGCCUCUCUGACCGGUGUUUCUACCUUCUGACCUUCUUGAACCUUGCAAGACAUUCCUAAAAUAUUAGCAUCUCUCACUGUCGGUGACGGUUUAAGAAAAGUGUUUGUCUGAUGCAAGUUGAUUUUUAAAUGUAAAGAAGUACAUCUCAUCCUUCAAGUACUUAUUUUUAGAUUUCCAGGUAGGCUGAGGUGAGUGCUCUUGUGCUACGCUAUGCACUUGUUAUUACCCAGAAUACACCUGGGCCUCUGUAGCAUGAGACGGGGAAUACUAGGGUUAGAAACAAUAGAUGGCUCAAAGGAUGUUCUUCUGCCCCCUGCCUUUCUCUCACUUUCCUCCUUUUUUAUGAUGUGUAAUGCAAGCAAAUACUGCUACCAUCAUUGUUUUAUGUGGACCAAAAUAUGUACUGUUCAUACAAAUAAAGAAUUGUUAUACUCAACAGGACUGGCUAUGAACAAUAAUUGAAUCAGUUUCAAAAUGUUCCCUUUAGAGGGGACUUGGUAGACUGAGGGAUGGAACUACAACCAGGUCCAGCUUCUGAAUACAUUUCAGAGGGACCACUGAGUCAAAUCAAAUAAAGCCUACAAUUAUUUAUAAAUCACAUUUUAUGUUUUGCUAAGAUAAUUCAAGCAAAUGAAAAGACACAUUUGACAUUCUCUUUUGAAAGGUGAUUAUCAGACAUGUUUACCUUGU